CCAGAGUUUGGUUCGGAAGCACAAGUACGCAAAAGCAAGCAAGACCACAUAGCCCCUGCCCACGGUCUAUGGUGGGCAAACGGUUGAUAACACACACUCUAUUCCUCUCUACUUUCGGAAAGAAUCGGGGACCGCAUGUCUCGUCAGUUUGAGUAUUACAGAUACGCUGGGAGCAAGCUGGGAGCGUAGACGAGACCAAGGCGGAACCGGCCCGGAACACGUGACGGUUUAGGGCAAGUAGAUGCCUUUGUCACAGUUGGUCUUCCUCCAUCGAUCCAUUCUAUCUCUAAGACUCUGCGAGCCGACGCCAUGUCGGCUGACCGUAUGAUAUGGGCACUGAUGAGGGUGAAAUGGUCGGUGAGCAGUUUGUGAAGGGAGGAGUGGAUUUUGACAGCGUAAAUGCUAUCACUUGGAGACUUCCCCAUUUUGAACAUAUCGUUGAUAUACCAACGUUCCCAUCGACUACGGAGCUGGUGGUUGGACCCGGAACGGACCUUAGGAUGUUUCCUGAUCACGAGGACGCACAACUUAUCGAAAGCGAUACCGCUGGGCGUGAAGGGAACGAACUCUCGUCCUCCAGUGCAACUACUUUGGUAAUGGAAGCUUUUAUAUUAUUGAUAACCCCGGCUAUCACCCAGGCCAAUCUCCGGCCUCGCACGCGUAACACCGACGACAUUCCCCUUACUUGGAGGCGAUUGCUGCCACCAUGUUGACGAUAUCCGUCCCACAGCACACCACCAUUCCCCCUGUCCCUGCCCUGCGUCACUCCUUCAAACUGCGACACGCUCCCUCUGUAAAUCCCACUUCCCUAAAAU